AAAUUCCCAAUCUCUCAGACACAGACACACACAUAGCUAGAUAGAUAGAUUCAUUCAGAAUCAUAUCCCCAUUUUUUCUUUCACACUCUCUCACCGCCACUUCAUCAAAUGCUUUCUCCUUCUUCAUCUUCGUCUUCGUCUUUUUGACCCACAUUUCCAGUCACUGAAGUUCUCAGCUCCCUCAUUUUCAUGGAUUCGCUUCCGAUUUAGGGUUUUCACCAGAUGUUAUGAAGAAAAGCUGAGAAUUAUAAAUAAAAAUGGCCGGUUCUUCCCUAUUCGACGACAAUAUCAAUGGCGUUCUGGAUGAAAAUUUCGAUGACAUAUUUAGGAUUUUUGAUUUCCCUUUAGAAGAUGUGGAAGGAAAUGUGGGUGUCGAGGACUGGAAUGUGAAAUUUCAAGGGCUCGAGCAGCCAUCGUUGGAUUUUUUGACAAGUUACUCAUAUGGGCCUUCCCCUAAAAACGGCAAUGAUGCUUUAAAAUUUGCCAACGGCAAUGAUGCUGUAAAAUUUCCCGAGGUUGUGAAUAUCUCCACUCUGCAUGAUGAAACUUCUCCACUAAAAGGACUGCCAGUCACUGUAGAAGCCACCUCCAGUAGAAGUGCUUUCCUUCACAAAUCUUCGGAUGUCAAAGGUUUGCGUCUCUUCCAAACCUCCAGUCCAGUCUCUGUUCUUGAAAGCAGCAGCUCUUGCUCAGUUGAAAAUCCCACAACUGUUGACACCAAAACUACCAUCCCUGUGAAGCGUGCAAGAAACAAGCGGCCACGUCCAUCAAAGUCUAACAGUCAAUUCAGGGUUCCUUUCUUUUGCUCCACUUCCUCUGCUUCCAAAAUAUCCCAUCCUUCAGCUGCUUUUGAAUCAGGUUCAGAAACUUCUGAUCUCUCUGAGACAGCAUCAAACCCUUCGAAGAAAAAAAUGAGGAAGAAAAAGAACCUCUCAGUGCUCUCAGGUGCAACAGAGAUGGGGAACUUUUCCUCGGAGGAACCAGUUGCAACUAGGAAAUGCAUGCACUGUGAGGUAACAAAGACUCCACAAUGGAGAGAGGGUCCAAUGGGGCCGAAGACCCUUUGCAAUGCAUGUGGAGUUCGUUUCAGGUCUGGCCGCCUCUUUCCUGAAUACCGUCCUGCUGCUAGUCCUACCUUUGUUUCAUCGUUGCACUCCAACUCUCACAAGAAGGUUGUUGAGAUGAGAAAGAAGGGUAGUUUUGGGGCAAGAAUGGCUGACAUGGACACUUUAUCAUCGUCCAUGCCGACAGUAUCUACCGGAUAGCUAUUUGUUAGACCUUUUGUUAGACUUUCUGAAAUGAGAACAAUACUUGUAGUUGGGAUCUCCUUUGGUUCUGUGUUUCUCUUUCGUAGUUAAUAUUUGUUAAAUUUGUUUUAUGUACAUUAAUGGAAUAAGAGGUAGGAGUUUUUGAUUGC